GAUCUUACAUUUAAUUUAUAUUCCUCUCUCUCGCUGUUUGUUAUUAUAACAAUAACAAGAACAUAACUCUCUUCCAACUUUUCGGAUUAAAUUCACAGAAUAAUUCAAUCUCAUACAGCAAUCAUGUCAGUUGGAACAGUCUUAAUCACCGGAGGUACUGGAUACAUCGGUUCUUUUACAACUUUGGCCUUACUUGAACAUGGCUACAAUGUUGUAAUUGUUGAUAGUUUAUACAAUUCUUCCGUUGUCGCAUUGGAUCGCAUUGAAACACUGUGCGGCAAGCGUCCAGAUUUUUACCAAGUCGAUGUCACAGAUGAGGCAGAGUUAGAGAAGGUCUUUGCUGCUCAUCCAAAGAUUGACAGUGUCAUUCACUUUGCUGCUUUAAAGGCAGUUGGAGAAUCUUCCGAAAUCCCACUCGAAUACUACCGCGUCAACGUUGGUGGAACAAUCUCUCUUCUGAGAUGCAUGAGCAAAUAUGAUGUCACCAACAUCGUCUUCUCCUCAUCUGCCACCGUAUAUGGUGAUGCGACUCGAGUUCCAAAUAUGAUUCCAAUUCCAGAACAUUGCCCAAUUGGACCCACAAACCCAUACGGACGUACCAAGAGCACAAUUGAAGAUGUCAUCACUGAUCAUGUCAAUGCGCAAAGAAACAAUUUGAAGAAGAAGGGGGAGAAAUAUGAGCAAUGGAAUGGUGCAUUACUGAGAUACUUCAACCCCGCUGGUGCUCACCCAAGUGGUAUCAUGGGCGAAGAUCCUCUAGGUGUCCCAUUUAACCUCUUGCCAUUGUUGGGCCAGGUUGCUACUGGAAAACGAGAGAAGUUGCUCGUGUUUGGUGAUGACUAUACUUCUCGGGACGGUACCGCUAUUCGCGAUUAUAUCCACGUUGUCGAUUUGGCAAAGGGUCAUCUCGCCGCUCUAAAUCAUCUUCGGGAACAACAACCCGGUGUUCGCGCAUGGAACUUGGGAUCUGGUCGUGGAUCUACCGUCUUCGAAAUGGUCAAAGCAUUCAGUCAUGUUGUAGGACGCGACCUUCCAUAUCAAGUAGUCGAACGCCGAGCAGGUGAUGUUCUAGAUUUGACUGCCAAUCCUACUCGCGCAAAUGAGGAAUUGAAGUGGAAGACUGAGUUGACAUUAGAAGAUGCUUGUGAGCAUUUGUGGAAAUGGGUUAGUAACAACCCACAAGGAUAUCGUCAAGAUUUCCCGGAGAAUCUUUUGAGUGAUUAUAAGGAGAGUUUGAAGAAGAAUAAUUAGUGUGGGCAGGGCCUAUUGAGCAUAGUUUUUGUAGUUUGAGGGGGCUUUCAUGAUUAAUUUUGGGCAUUUACAUGAGGUUAUAUUAGUUAUAGAUAUCAAAUGAGUUCACUCACGACCAAUUAGAGAAUAAAAAUAGAAGCAAUUUUCCCACGAAAUA